AUGGCCUUCACAAUGCAUUCCCACUCGGGCCAAUUCUGCCCCGGCCACGCCGUCGACUCGCUCGAGUCCAUCAUCCUCCACGCCAUCUCCCUCGGGUACCAAACCCUCGGCCUGACCGAGCACAUGCCCCGCACCUCCGUCUCGGACCUCUACCCCGAGGAGCUCCUCCCCACCCCGCAGGCCACCCUCGACUCCCUUUUCCCCCGGCACGAGGAGUACCUCUCUACCGCGGCCGCCCUCCAGCAGAAGUACGCAGACAAGAUCCACAUCCUCAUCGGGUUCGAAGGGGAGUGGAUCAGAGGGGAGGAGUACGGGUCGCUGAUAGGGGAGCUGGCCAAGGACGCGAGGGUGGAUUACUUCAUUGGGAGUCUGCACCACACGGCUGGGAUUCCGAUUGACUAUGACAAGGCGCUUUACCGGAUAGCUGUUGAGGCUUGCGGUGGCACCGAGGAGGGGCUGUAUGAGAAGUAUUUUGAUGAGCAGUUGGAGAUGUUGAGCGCGCUGAAGCCCAAGGUGGUAGGGCACUUCGACUUGAUUAGGUUGAUGAGUGAGGAUCCCGGGAGGGAGUUGAAGUCGAAUCAAAAGGUUUGGGGGAAGGUAGUCAGGAAUUUGGAAAAGGUGAAGGAGUUCGGGGGGUGGCUGGAGAUGAAUACUUCUGGGUUGAGGAAAGGGAUGGCCGAGGGGUACCCCAAGAGGGAGAUUGCUGAGGAGUGGAUCAAGAUGGGAGGCAGGUUUACGUUCUCUGACGAUAGCCACGGGAUUGGGCAGGUGGCGACGAAUUAUUUGAGAGGGUUGGACUAUCUCGAAAGCUUGGGAGUACGGGAGGUUUGGACACUGGAAAGAGAAACACACCCAGGGACUGUAGACGGAAAGAAGAGCGGGCUGAGAGAGAAGAGCGUGGCGAUUGAUGACUUCAGGGCGAGUUUAUGGCUCCCAUGA